AUGGCCCUUUGGCCAUUUCGACGCAAGAGCACUCGCAAACGCUCUCGGAGUGGCGCUGCCCUCUCCGACAACGAAGCCGCGCCGGUUCGCAAUCAGGCCGAUGCUGUCCCUGCAAAGACCGCAUCCAAGAAGGCACGGACAGAACCGGCAAAGCUCCAGCGACGACCACGAACCUAUAGUUUUUCGCCCGGUCGCCAUGACUCUAUCCGUAUCGACCGGGCACGGCGCAAUGCCGAAGCGGCAAACCAGCCAAGACCAAAUCCAGACAAUGAACAGGCAUCUGGAGUAGCUUGGGAACGUACACCAACUUUGCAUCCAACGAGGCGAAAAAGCAGCAAGCGAAGACGAGAUGACCAUGACAGAGAGGCUGAAAUCAAGGCCAUGAGCGCCUAUAUGCCGGCGCGGGUGGCUGCGGACGGUCAUGCUCGCUCCAACUCCAAGCAAGCUACAAAAAGGGCAAAAACUGGUGGUCUGAGCCAUCAGCAAGUGCCGGCGUCACAGGUUUCCUUGCCGUACCCUGACUCUGUACCAUCAGCCAUGUCAGUAGAUUCGGAUUUCAUCUCGUACAAGAUAUCGGCUCUGGACUCGCUUGCUCCGCGGCCUACACUAAAAUAUACCCCAAGCAUGAGAUAUACAACCUCGAGGGGAACUACUUCAGGGGCAGCAGAGUCACUGAAGAAACCACUUGGAGAGCGACAGCCUAUACAAGAAAAUCAGUUUGAUUCGCGGAAGCGCAUGGAUGAUCUUGCCAACGAACUCGAUGCAAAGGACCUGAGGGAACUGAUGGAGAGGGACAACCGCCGGAGGGAAAGACGACGACAACAGGAUCAGGAGCGAAUGGACCGGCGGUUAGCACGCAGAGCGGAACGACAUCGCAGAGAGAAGGCGGAGGCGCAGAAAGCAGGCACACCGCCACCCGAGAACUUGGAACGAGGCGUUAUGGGUCGCGAAUUGGUUGGCUUGGGUAUUGAGCCUGCAUCAGCCGUGGUCACAUCCUCUAAGAGACGGGAUUCAGACACAUUGCCUGAUGCUCCGGCUGAUAUGGAGGAUGACGCAGAGCCCCCAAAGCCGUUAGAAUCGUUCCACCGUCCGGAAACAUCUUCUCGAGAUGAUGAGCCUGCGCCUUCUCAGGAGCAAACACUGUUAACACCUCCAAGGAUUGAGGAACCCCAGCAGCCGGUUUCUGCCUCCCCCCAGGGAUCGAAGCUGGCGGGCAUGCUGCGGUCCAAGAAGUCAAGGUCUAAGUCAACGCUUGGCUCUGAUAAAGACCAACCCGCCGACGGAGCAUCCGGUCGCAAGAAUUCCGAAUGCAGCACCAAAGCCGGUAGCCGACUCUCUUUCUCUUCCCUGCUGAAAUGGGGAAGCAGGAAUCAGAGGUAUUCCGGCCCGUCGUCUUUCUCCAAUACCUCACGCGAGGAGAUGCAGGCUGCCGGUGCAGCUACGCAAAACCAAGCACAGGCUGAAGCGUUGGCCAGGCUGCAGGGCGAAGAUAUGUCCAACCCAGCCAAUUAUUUGGCCGCCAAGGCGGGCGCCGGCAUACCUAAACGAACCAAGUCGAGGUUCCGGGAAGAUUUACCCGAAUUUCCUCUAUCACCACCAGACUCCAGAGUACAGUCCCCCGAAGCUGAUCCACCGCUCCCUGUGCUUGCGGAGAAGUCGUCCGAAAUAGAUUCAAGACCAACACCUCCCUCACGACACGGUACCCCGCCUUCAAUAGAACGACCUCAAGGCGCGCAAUCAGCCGAGCCCCACGUGUCCAUAUCGCUGGCUUCGAUAGACUCUGAAGGGUCGUGGCUCAGUGGGCGUGUAGGUAGCAUGAGGAUGUCGGUGAAGCGAGAUAGCUUGUUGAGAGCGCAUCGUCGUGAGAAUGCACCAUCAGAGUCUCCUACGAAUUCGACCCGAGAAGACUUGGCUAUCGCCGAUGACGAAUACCUUUCCCGGCUGGCACCAGACAGAAGUCCAGGCACAGUGGCUAGUGGACGUCGCUCAGGUGAAGGACGCCCCAGUAGUGAUGCGGGAGAAUCGAUUACGAUCACCGAUGAUGUGAAGUGGGGACGCGUUGGCGCCAAACCCGAGGUCGUGCAGUUUCAUAACCAUAACAGAGACACCAUCCGCAGCCAACAUGGGUUGUUAAACAUUGAUUCAGGGGACGAGGAAGAUAACGCCAUCCUUAUAUACCGAGAAGUCGGGCAUAAGCAAUAA